AUCAUUUAAAGCCUCCUGAUCAUAUGUACUGGUUCAUCCUCCCAAAAAGGAAGAAAUCUUCGAAACAAUGGCAGCAAAAAGAAUUAACUCAUUAAUCUUUCUCUUCUUGUUUCUAUUGUCGUUCAUAGCUGUAAUUGUCAGCGCUGAACCUGGUCCGGUCGAAGAUGCCUACUGGAAAAAACGUGAAGCCGAUGCUCAGAAUGUAGCCCAGCAAUCUGUUAAUCCACAUCCGGAGCAAGUGACCGAGGAAUUGAAUACUAACGUUGGCCAGCUUGUAUCAGAGCAAGAUAAGCAUCAUUGAAGGAGCAGGCUGGUGAAACAUGUAAAGAAAUGAAAUCAUGGCCUUCAGUGAUGCACUUAACUAUAUAAGAUAGAUCUGUUAGCGUCAGUUGCUGCAUUUGUAGUUUGAAAUUCCUUUGUAUUCUUAACGAUCAAUCUUUCUGUUUCGGUUUCCUAGCUUGCUCAAUCUUUUAUCUCUUCUGCUACAACUGAUUGACGAUCGAUGAAGUUUUGCAGUUCAGGGAGACAAUCAUUGUUUCAUUUGUUUGGCUAAUUAAAGAAAAAAGUUUAUGGCCUCAUAAUCGUAUCUAAAGUUCUUUCUUUUUGGAUUUCUUUCUCGAUUUUAACGAGAAAGAAAUUAGGUACAGAUGAGGCAACUAAUGAUGGAUUGAUGGUCUUGUUUAAACCUUGCCAAGGAAAACCUUCUAAUGUAUCAGUUACGAUAAGAUCUUAUUCAA